CCAAUUUCUGAUUUCCCGGUGACCAUUCAGGUGAAAAUUAGUUCGUUGCUCCUUACAUUUCCGGAAUUGUGGACGUCUUCCUGUUAAAAUACACCUUAGUUUCAGUUGUGACUUAACCUACUUAAACCGGUUGUACUGGUGUGACAUAAAGUACGUUAAGUUACUUCCCGGUGGCUGGCUUGCUCCUUUAACAACCGUACAUUACAUUUCUGCUCAGACCGACAUGAAAAGAAGCGGCGCGUACAGGUUUUUAUCAGUUUUCUCGUGCUUCAUCGUUUGCGCGUUCUUAUUUUUAUUUUGGUUCUUUAUAUUUCACUCAAUGGUAAAUGCACCAUAAGACACAGAGACAGACUUCUGUUGCAGCUAAGCUAAGUUGGCCGGCUACCUACCCACAGUGCAUUGCUUUAUUGACAAGUCCCGUGAUCACAUGAUCAACUUCACCAGGAAGUAAGCAUCUCUGUUUGUAGUACUUGACUGCUCGGCCUGUUUGUGAAGUUGUGAUGGCAUCUGACACCAGUGGCGCAGCGUCCUCCGCUCCAGACCUCAAGCUGCAGUUUGCUCCCUUCAGCAGUGCUCUGGAGGCAGGCUUCUGGCACGAGCUUACUCAGAAGAAACUCAAUGACUACAGACUGGACGAGAGCCCCAAAUGUAUCAAAGGAUAUUACUACAAUGGUGACCCACUUGGUUUGCCCACUCGCCUGACUUUAGAGUUCAGUGCAUUUGAUGUGGAUGGUCCGACUCCAGCACGUUGCUGUCCAGCUAAUGGAAUGCUGUAUAACACCAACACACUCGACGCAUUUAAGACCACGGAUAAGAAGGCUCUGCUGGAGAAAGAGGCCAAGGAGAUAUGGGACGCUAUACAGUCUGGGGCUGCUUUGAAAGACCCAUCCCUCCUCUGCAGAUUCAUACUGCUGACCUUUGCAGAUUUGAAGAAAUACCAUUUCUACUACUGGUUUUGCUUCCCUGCACUCUGUUUCCCAGAGGGAAUAAAGAUUGUCCGACAGCCUUCUGUCCUAGAACAAGUGUUCUCAGCAAAACAGAUCGCAGCCUUGCAGGAGGCCUAUGAUGGUCUGUGUAUCAAAAGAGGAACCACAGCAGUUCCUUACUUCCUAAUGAAGUACACAGAUGACACUGUUCAAAUGAUUCCACUCGAGGACUGGGAUACAUUCUUCACUGAUUCUAAGAAGGUUACUGUGGGCGUCUAUGAUCCGUGUACUCUAUCUCAACAUCCGGGCUGGCCUCUGAGAAAUCUGUUGGUCCUCUUAGCUAACCGAUGGGGGUCUAAGUUGGACACAGUGGAGGUGCUGUGUUUCAGGGACAGAACUCUGCAGGGAAGCCGCUCCAUUCAGCACAGUCUCAUCUUCCAGAUAAAACUACCUGAGCUUCCCCUCAACUCAGCGUCUCCUAAGAGUGUAGGUUGGGAGAAGAACCCCAAGGGGGCCAUGGGACCCAGGAUGGUGAACCUCAGUGAAUGCAUGGACCCUAAAAGGCUUGCAGAGUCUUCAGUUGACCUCAACCUGAAGUUAAUGAGAUGGAGGCUGGUUCCUUCCCUGGACCUGGACAAGGUGGUCAGCACAAAGUGUCUUCUACUGGGAGCUGGGACUCUGGGCUGCAAUGUAGCCAGGACUCUCAUGGGAUGGGGAGUGAGACACAUCACAUUUGUUGACAAUGCAAAGAUCUCAUACUCCAAUCCGGUUCGGCAGCCCCUGUACGAGUUUGAGGACUGUCUUGGAGGAGGGAAGUCCAAAGCCAUGGCAGCUGUUGACCGACUCACCAAAAUCUUUCCUGGAGUGAAUGCAGAGGGUUACAAUAUGAGCAUCCCCAUGCCCGGUCACCCGGUGAAUUUCUCUCAGGCCACUCUCUCCCAGGCCCAGAGGGACGUCGAGCAGCUGGAGAAGCUCAUUUCAGAACACGAUGUGAUCUUCUUACUAAUGGAUACGAGGGAGAGCCGCUGGCUGCCUACAGUGAUAGCUGCCAGCAAGAGGAAGCUUGUGAUGAAUGCUGCUCUAGGCUUUGACACUUUUGUAGUAAUGCGCCACGGCCUGAAGAAACCCCCAGUUAGUCAGACUGUUUCUGCAGGGGCAGACUCAUCCCCUUCCUGUUCCUCUGCUUCCUCUUCAUCCUCCACACCGGCCGGCUGUGUGCCUUCUGUCCCAGGAUCCUCUCUGUUCUCCAACAUCCCGGGGCACAAGCUGGGCUGCUACUUCUGCAAUGAUGUUGUGGCACCAGGAGAUUCAACCAGGGAUCGGACUCUGGAUCAGCAAUGUACAGUCAGCAGACCAGGACUAGCCAUGAUUGCUGGAGCCCUGGCUGUUGAGAUGAUGGUGUCCAUUCUGCAGCACAGUGAAGGAGGCUAUGCAGUGGCCAGCAGCAGUGAUGACAGAAUGAACGAACCUCCCACCUCUCUGGGUUUAGUGCCGCAUCAGAUCCGAGGCUUUCUUUCGAGGUUCGACAACGUCCUGCCUGCCAGCCUGGCCUUUGACAAAUGCACUGCCUGCUCACCCAUUGUCCUGGACCACUAUGAGAGGGAAGGUUUCAGCUUCCUGUCAAAGGUUUUUAAUUCCUCCCACUCAUUCCUGGAAGACCUGACAGGGCUGACACUGUUACACCAGGAAACACAGGCUGCAGAGAUUUGGGAUAUGAGCGAUGAUGAGAGCAUCUGAAGGACUGGAGGAACAAAGCCUGAGCCUCCGAAGGACUGGACACUCCAACCCUCCAAUCCACCUUUCUGUUUUUGUUUUGUUUAAGAAUUCUUGCACUUACAAAGGACAAGGGGACAAGGGCUUUGCGGACAACAGCGGACACACUGAUAAAAUUCAAGAAAUCAAAACCAAGUACAUUAUAAAACUUCUUCAGAAAAGUAAGCUUUAGAAUUCGUAUUAGUCUUCAUGUGGAUUCAAGGUCAAACGAAUCGUUUAGACCCUUAGCAGUAAUAUGAUAAAAAAUAAUAAACAGGGAAAGAAUCAGAUUGCUUUUACUGCUUAAAUAUUCAAUGAAUGUCUGUUUUUUCACUGUUACAUUAGAAACAGGACAAGUUUCCACAUUGUGUAUGAACCUGUUGUAUGUAAGGGUGAAUGUACCUCUUCCUCUCACUUGCUUAUGUGUAAUCAGUCACAUUUAAUCAGUGUUUGAGACAGAAACACUCUGCAUUUGUAUAAAGGGGCUUUAUUGUUUUUGUCUAAAAUGGUCACAGGUCCAAUCCCUCCCACGGUCCCUCCAUCACACAUUUAAUGGGUUAGCUGGAGAGUCCUUAGGCAGGACUUUAACAUACUACAUCUGCUCGCUCAUUCAGUUCAGAAAAGAGCUUCAGAUGAAUUAUGAAAACACAGAAACACAGUUGACCAGUCAGAAAAUCCAUCCAUCUCCCUGUCUGUUUACUGGAGAGUGUGAUUCAUACAGUAGUUAUUACUAAAACCAGCUUGGUUCUCCCAAAGGUGUUAACUCAUGAGGAAGCCUGCACACAGACAUUGCUGAACUUCAGCGACUGAACUGUGUUUGCUUCUGAUGUACUUACUGUGGACAACCUGGAACCUACAACUGCACGGUUUAAUGUAAAAGAGCCAGUGGACAAACUGAAGGUCUUUAUGGUGUUUGUGUUGACGCAUGCUCGUGUUCGUCUGUGCAAGUUAUGGUUUUCCUACUCUGCCUUUUUGUAUUUGUCUUAACUGCUAACAUGUACAAUGUUUUCAGUGUAAUGAAUUGUAAAUGUCAACAGCGGCUUGGAUAUGUCUGGAAGAGAAUUAGUACAAUGUGGAGAAAAAAAAAAAAAGAUCUGAGAUUCGUUUCAGAAUUUGACCUUGAAGUUAGCCAGUCGGAAUUGUGACUCCAAAAAAAUCCAAAAUUCAGAUUUUUUUUCCUCAGAUUCUAUUCUCAAAAUUGAGAUUAACCGAUGUUGAUUUGGAUUUUAUCAUUGAGUAGUCUGAGGUUUUUGUCGUUCUUUUUCUCUUCUGGAAGUAAUUGACCAAAAACUAGAAUAAAAGGUCUGUACAAUU